AUGCCGUUUCAGGUCCCAGAAUUCCUAGGUACCUACCGCUUCUGGAUCACUGCCUCCCUGGGUGGCUCUGUGGCUCUGGUCAGGUUUGCCCCUCAAUAUUCGAUUUUACAGUCCUACACAUGGACCGCCUCUGUAAUCUUUCUCUUCCAGGCGCUCAUCUGGGCAGUCUACGUUAUUUUCAUAUAUCCUUUCUACGUCAGCCCUCUCCGCCACGUCCCGACAGUCACGGGAGGGAGCAGGAUUUCCGGCCACUGGGGCACAAUGCUCAAAGAACCCUCGGGGGUGCCUCAGCGACGCUGGGCGAAAGAAAUUCCCAACGACGGCUUAAUCCGCUAUUUGCACCUUUACAACCGGGAACGGCUCCUGGUCACGAGCCCCAAGGGACUUGCCGAAGUCCUGAACACGAAGAGCUAUGAGUUCAUCAAGCCUGAGCUCCUUCGCAAUGGCGUCGGACGAGUCUUGGGCGUGGGCAUUCUUCUGGCCGAGGGCGACGACCACAAAGCGCAGCGGAAGAACCUGAUGCCGGCGUUCCACUUUCGCCACAUCAAGGAACUCUACCCCAUAUUCUGGUCGAAGUCUCGAGAGAUGGUGCACGCUAUCCAGAAGGAGCUCAAAUCCUCGUCCUCGCCACGGCCUGUCGUUGAAGUCAGCGAAUGGGGCAGUCGCGCAACGUUAGAUAUCAUCGGUGUCGCCGGCAUGGGUCAAGACUUCAACUCUCUGCAAGACCCGACGAACGAACUGAACCGUGUCUACCGAGCAGUCUUCCAGCCGGACCGGACCGCCCAGAUCAUCGGUCUCUUGUCCUUCUUCCUUCCCGCGUGGUUUCUCAACAACCUCCCCAUUGACCGGAACAGCAAAGUGCAGGCCGCGGCGAAUGUCGCCAAGGACACCUGCCGGCAGCUGAUCGUGCAGAAGAAGCAGCGCAUGGCCAACAAGGAGCCCAUGCAGCCCGACAUCAUCUCCGUGGCGCUCGAGUCCGGCGGAUUCAACGACGAAGACCUAGUCAACAACAUGAUGACCUUCCUCGCGGCAGGCCACGAGACCACGGCGUCGGCGUUCACUUGGGCGAUCUACCAACUCUGCCAGCGACGGGACAUCCAGGCACGCCUGCGCGACGAGAUCCGCGCGCACAUCGCCAACCUUGACACCGCGACCCCGAUCACCGCCGAAGUGAUCGACGGCAUGCCGUACCUCCACGCCGUGUGCCAGGAGGUGCUCCGGCUGUGGGCGCCCGUGCCGCUCACGCUGCGCGACGCGGCCUGCGACACGUCGAUCCUGGGCCACUUCGUGCCCAAGGGCACCAAGGUGAUCCUGGCGCCGUGGGCGAUCAACCACAACACCGCGCUCUGGGGGGACGACGCCUCCGAGUUCAACCCGGACCGCUGGACCGCGCCGGGCCAGGCCAACGCCGGCGGCGCCGUGAGCAACUACGCCUUCCUGACCUUCCUGCACGGCCCGCGCAGCUGCAUCGGCGCCAAGUUCGCUGUCGCCGAGUUCGCCUGCCUGCUCGCCGCCUUCGUCGGCAGCUGGGAGUUCGAGAUGGUCGACCCGGACAAGCCGAUCGAGGUCAAGGGCGGGGUCACGGCCCGCCCCAAGGGUGGUGUCGAGGUCUACUUGAAGCCCGUGGAGGGGUGGGCGAACUGA